AUGACGACUCCAGGAGGAUCGCAACCAUCACCAGCUGUACAAGAGUUUAAAAUACGAGUUCCAAAAAAUAUUAAGAAGAAAUAUCAUGUGAUGCGAUUUAAUGCUACUUUAAAUGUGGACUUUGCAAAAUGGACUCAUGUGAAAAUGGAAAGGGAGAACAAUAUAAAGGAGUUCAAAGGGAUAGAAGAAGAAAUGCCAAAAUUCGGUGCAGGCUCAGAGUAUGGGCGAGAUAUGCGUGAAGAGGCGCGGCGCAAAAAGUUUGGUAUUAUAUCAAGGAAAUACAAGCCAGAAGACCAGCCAUGGAUACUUAAAGUUGGUGGGAAGACUGGCAAAAAGUUUAAGGGCAUUCGCGAGGGCGGAGUUUCUGAGAACGCGGCAUACUAUGUGUUCACGCAUGCGGCAGAUGGCGCUAUUGAUGCCUACCCUUUGCAAGAAUGGUAUAAUUUCCAGCCUAUUCAGAGAUACAAAGCGCUGUCUGCGGAGGAAGCAGAACAGGAGUUUGGGAGACGGAACAAAGUAAUAAACUAUUUCUCUCUGAUGUUUCGCAAGCGGAUGCGCGGAGAAGACGGCGUCGACGACGGCGAGGAUCCCGACGAGAAGAAAACAAAGGGCUCCAAGGCAAAGAAAGACCUUAAGAUAUCUGACAUGGACGAGUGGAUCGACUCGGACGACGAUUCGUCGGGCUCCGAGCCCGGUGAGAAGGAAAACGAUAGUGACUCUGGGGUUAAGAAGAAAAAGGACAAAAAAGCGGCCACAACCAAAAAGAAGAAGAAAGUAGAAGAUGAGGCGUUCGAAGAGAGCGAUGAUGGUGACGAGGAGGGAAGGGAAAGAGACUACAUAUCGGAUUCAUCCGAAAGCGAGUCUGAUCAUGAGACUAAGGCAAACAAGGAGCUGAAAGGUGUCGCAGAGGAAGAUGCUCUCAGGAAGCUGUUGACAUCGGACGAGGACUCUGAAGAGGAACAAGAACAGAAACAAGAGUCGGAGCAAGAGGACGAGCCCACGAAAGAGGGCGAGGAGCGCGCCAGCAAGCUCACUAAGAAGAGCAAGAAGAAGCUAGAAGACGGCAAAAAAGAUUCAAGCAGCGACUUCAGCUCGGACUCCGACACCGACCCGGAGGGCAGCAACAAGAAGCCGAAGAAAAUCAAAAACAACGCCGACAAGAACGCCUCCACUGCAAACUCUUCAGCGCCGGGGUCAGCGAGCACGUCGCGUGCGGGCACUCCGCAGCCUGGCGGGGCUGGCGCGGGGGGCGGAGGCGCGGCGGCGGCAGUGGCGGCCGCGCACGCAUCCGGCUCGCAGCCGCCCGCCAAGCGCCACAAGCUCGACUCCUCCUACAUCGAGUGCGGCGUGACCGAGGAAGCGGUGCGUAGGUAUCUAGCCCGCAAGCCUAUGACUACGACGGAACUUCUCACCAAGUUCAAAUCCAAGCGGACCGGCGUCAGCAGCGAGCGCCUCGUGGAGACCAUGACGCAGAUCCUCAAGCGCAUCAAUCCUGUCAAGCAGAACAUCAACGGCAAGAUGUACCUUAGCAUUAAGCAAACUGAUUUAGGUAUUAAAAGGUCUUUUGUUUUCUCCUCAAGCAUUAUGGCAAAUAAUAAUAGAGGUCGUCGUUUGGUUGAAUUGUCACUUAAUACUGCCGAAGGUACUAAUUUACAAGCUAGAAAAGAAAGUUAUUCACAAGAUAGAGAUAAAAGUAGCACAUCAGGUUUAAAGCAGAAAAGGGCGAGCUCUUUAUAUACGGCAGUAGAAGUGGAACCUAAGAAUAUUCGGCGAAAUUCUAUUGAAACACGAUGCCCAAUAUUGCCAUUCCCACAUUCUGUUCAAAGUAAACAACAACUAUUCAAUCAGUCUCCAGUAUUUUGCACAUCUUCUAGUGGUGUAGUUAAAACUUGGUCUGUCGAAAAUGUGGAUACGACAGGAGGGAUAAUGGAGGCGGAUAACGAUAUAAAUUUAUCUGUGAAGGAAGCAAAAGGGGAAAAGCAGAACAGUCCAAGAGACAUAGGCGCGGCUUUAGAAAAUGUGAUUGCUCAUGUGGGCGAGUUUGGACUCUACCAGUGGAUGUUGUUCCUAUGCAUGUUACCCUUCGGUAUGGGGUGGGCCUUCGCAUAUUUCGGGCAGAUGUUUAUCACGGCCACGCCUCAAGAGCACUGGUGUCGUGUUCCCGAGUUAGAAGAUCUUAGUAUUGAACUCAGACGAAGUUUGUCGAUUCCCGGAGCAGCCGAUGGGGGAGAAUAUGACCAUUGUAUGAUGUACGAUGCAAAUUGGACGAGGGUACUCGAAACCCUGCUACCUCCAGAUCCAAGCACAAGUACCAUUCCGUGUCAAAACGGAUGGGAGUUUCUAUUUGAGGACAUACCGUAUUCUACUGUCGUUAACGAGAGGGAAUGGGUUUGUGAGAAAGCGAGCCAUGUACCGUGGUCACAGGCAAUCAAUUUCUUGGGCUCCAUCUUCGGUGGUAUCCUGUGCGGCACGUUAGCGGACAUUUACGGUCGACUUCCUGUGUUUAUUUUGGCAAACCUCCUCGGCUGUGUAGGCGGCGUGGCGACUAUGUUCACUAACAGCUUCUGGGAUUUCUCAAUCUGUCGGUUUAUUGUCGGCAUGGCUUGUGACGGUUGCUUCAUGAUUAUUUAUAUUCUUGUGAUGGAGUACGUAGGCAAUCGAUACCGCACCUUUGUGGCGAACAUGUCGAUAGCGCUGUACUUCGGCGGCGGCUGCUUGCUGUUGCCUUGGCUCGCUCUAUGGAUCAGCGAUUGGCGCUACCUGAUGCUGGCAACUUCUCUACCCAUGCUCAUGGCUGUGUUUACCCCGCUCGUAGUACCGGAAAGUGCCAGAUGGCUGGUGUCAAAAGGCAGAGUAGAUGACGCGGUAAAGCUGCUGAAAAAGUUCGAGAGAGUAAACAAAUCAAAAAUUCCACAGAAAGUAUUGGAUGAUUUUAUUUUGGUUGCGUUGACAACAAAAGAGAAGGAAGAGAAUCUGCGUGUAAUUCUGAAGACGCCGCCACUGCGCAAGAUGCUGGGCUUCUUGGUGAUAGUCUUUAUGGCGGUGGCGGUGAUUUUUGAUGGACUUAUCCGUAUGUCGGAGAACCUCGGUCUGGAUUUCUUUCUCACAUUCACCGUCACCUCGGCUACGGAGAUACCCUCGGUCGCUUUGCUGGUGGUAUUGUUGGAUAGAUUCGGCCGUCGAAUGCUUGUGUUUGCUCCGAUAAUAUUGUCGGGCGUUUUGGCUUUUAUAACAGCGUUUGUACCUCGUGGUGCGGUGAGUGUAUCUCUGGCGGUUGCCGCACGCUUUCUCACGAACAUGGCGUACGGCGCGGUGAUCCAGUGGACGCCGGAGCUCAUGCCGACUGCAGCCCGCGCCUCAGGCUCUUCCUUCGUGCACAUCAGCGCCUUCGGGGCCGUCAUGUUCACACCAUUCAUCGUCUACUCGGAACGAGCAUGGGAAGGGUUGCCACUCAUCAUAGUGUCAGUUGUUGCUUUUAUUGGGGGCGCAAUGGCGUUGUUGCUGCCGGAGACUGCGGGUUGCAGCAUGCCACAAAACAUGGAGGACUGCGAGGCUCUCGCAAAGGGUACAUCUCGCCAAAAGAAACAAGACAAUCCCGAGACUGCAGCCGAAGCUGUGGAGAGCAGGUGA